UGGGUUUACCUCAGUUUGACGCACUAUAGGGUCCUGGGACACCAGACUGAAAGCUUCUGUUCCGUGCAGGCCGAAGGAUGUGUCCCUGAGGUACAUAGCGGGGCCUUUGCCCCGCACAAGCAUGGCCGCCGCGGGACGGUUGCUGCAGGUAACCCGCGCUCUGAGCCGCCGCGGGACGGUUGCUGCAGGCCUCCGUCACAAUGGCUGGAGCUUGGACACCCCGGACACAGUGAUGGGGAGGGAAGGGAAGCCUGUGGCUCUGUUCUGCAAGUUCACUCACCCUCACCACGGAUACAAGGGCAACAUCAGCAUCAGCUGGAGGGAAGAGCAGACAGGCAAGUGGCUUCUCAAUUACACAAAUUACCCACUGAGCAGUGGGUUUGUGAAUCUGAUCCACGAGAGUGAAGGGGAGCGCUACCAUCCGAUGGGGAAUCCUCGGCAGAAUGACGCUUCCAUAACCAUAAGCCGGCUGAGUCUGUGCGAUGACCACAAGCGGUAUACUUGCCUUGUGGAUCUGCAGGAACACAAGAAUCAAACGGCCCAAAGCUUCUCUCAAACACUUCUCGUGGUAACAGGUGGGAACGUUGGAGCGUCACUGGUGAUUGGGAAGAGGGGAGUUUCUGCCACAUUGCCUUGUUCCUUCAGCCCCCCUAACAGGAAACCCAUCUCCAUCACUAUCCUUUGGAUGAAGGGGAAUCCACGGGAAGAGUCUGCUGUCUUUAAUCACACCCGUUCCCACUCCGCGGGCCCUCCCUACACUGACACUGUAAAUGAAGGAGGUCGAUAUGAGCUGGUGGGAAACCCAGACCAGGGAGACGCCUCCAUCAGUGUGAGAGACCUCAGACCGAACGACACCAGCGACUAUUUCUGUCACGUUUGGGUCAGGAAUUCCACAUCAGAGACAGUGACUCAGGAUGAGACGAGACUGCAGGUUGUGGUCCCAGCUACCAUCCUGAAUCUGUCUGUUGUGACUGAUGUAACUGGAGACACCCUAGUGUGCAGGGCUGAAGGGGAGCCCCCAGCAAACAUCACGUGGAUCGGCCCUGGGAACAGCACACUGCCCGUGAACAGCAGUGAGAUGAGAGUCAUCCGAGAUUUGGAGAUACAUCAGACUGUGGGAGAGCUGCUUCACCCGAGGCUGAGAGGGAGCUACAGCUGUGUGGCUGUGAAUGAACACGGGAGAGACACCCGUGAGAUCGAUCUGUCUGCCAACGAUAACAGUUACUCGAAUUUCAUCAUUGGGAUGCUGUGCCUGAUCCCACUGGUUAAAUUUCUCCUCCUCCUGAUAACAGGAAUCAUUCUCUUCAUUAAGAUAAAAGGUACAUCAAGCUCUGUCUAA